GAAGCAAUCGUGCGCGCCAUCCACGCAAGUGGCGAACCCUCCGGUUGGAAAAAAAUCCAAAUUUAUGAGCGCCAAUUUGAAAUUUCAUGUCCCAAAACAACUCUCACUUCACCUGAAACAAACUCAUAGAAAUCACCGACGAUGCGCACUCGAUUUAUGAACACCGACUACGUCACAACCUCUCAAUCUCCAACAGAAACUAUAAACUUCCUCCAUCUACCGCCUCCUCGCCUCCCUCCUUGGCAUCUUUCUAUCUUCAACGACGUUCUUCUUCACUUUGAUCCGUUCCUCAAUGUCCCUCUCCAGACCGAGAGAUUGCCGAUCGACGCCGCUCUCUCCAAGUUCUUGUCCGAAGCAAUUCCUCAGUUCAUCGAUGUCGAUUUCAGAGAUUUCGAGGAUACUCGAUCUUCACGUGGAAAUGUCGGCGCCAUGUUCUCUGAGAAAGAAGCUAUGGUUUGUAAUGAGAAGGAAGCAGGGAGUCAGAUAACUUUUGGAUCUGAAGUUCUAGAGAAGGAUAAUGCAACCAGAGCAGAUGAUAAGGAUGUGCAGAGGUUUGAGGUCAUCCUAUUUGAAACACCAGCGCUGGAUACAUUCUUGGAUAAUACUUACUUUUCCGAGAAAGAGAUUGAGACAUUCUGCACAAUUCCAGAGGUUGAUAAUAAUCAGGAUGAGAUAGAACCUAUAGUGCAGUAUUCUAAAAUGAUUCAAGAAUCAGUUUAUUCUGUCGAAGACGUUACUUCAGAUGACAACAUGGAGCAAAACAAUUAUAUGCUGGAAGAGGAUAGUUCUUUUGGGGAUCAAGUGCUUUUACAGCAUAGCACCUUUCCUAUUUUAGAGGUGGAUGAAAUAAGUCUGGGUAUUAUGACAAGUCAAUCUAUGGAUUAUGUACUUCCUUCUGUUUUUGAAUCUAUUGAAUCCCAGCUGUGGACUCAAGAAAAUAAUGUGCUUAUUGACAGCAAGGAGCUCUUGGGCUCUAUUGGGUAUGAUAUCUUAUUGUUUCUUUCUGAUCACUGUUUGUCAAAACAGUUUCCCGAACCUGAGCUGUCAUUCCCAGAGAUGUUCCUGGAUGUGAACCUUAUAUGCAUGGUGGAAACUCCUCAAGUUGAUUGGAACUCUGAAUUUUAUAUGGCUAAACAUGAUGCUGAUUAUUUUUUGCCAAUGAACCUGGUUCUUUUUGAGGAAUUCCAGAAUUUUGACGUGGACUCAUCUCAAAAUUUUGAAGUGUUUCUGAACAGACAAGUGACCUAUGAACCAGAAGCAUGUAACCAGAUGUUCAGGGAAGACAUGAAUUUAAAGAGUUUCAAUGAAUUGGUUGUUAGUCAUGAACUUGUGCUGGUAGAUGAAACAUUCAAAUCUUUGCCUGUACCUGUACUCUCUGAUUAUAGAAGGAAGAAUUUAACAUGCACUGGUGUUGAGGAAUUACUGUCUGAGUUGAAGCCGCUGCUUCUAUCUUCAUCUGAUGAUAUCUACUUGGACUGGUAUAUUUUGGAAGAAGAUAAAUGCAACAAUAAAGUUUGUUCUUUCUUUCAGAAUAUGGUAGAGGAGAUAGACUCUUAUAACAUUGAUUUUGAUCGGGAAACUCUUGAGGAUGGAAAGUUAGUGUCUAACUUCAUUUUCUUAGAUGAUGAUUUAAGUGGAUCAGCCACUGAACAUUAUGAGGAAGCACUGAACGUCAGUUCUGAUAGCAUUCCUAUGCUUAAUGGUCAUCUUAUGGCUGUUGUUUCAGGUGAUUUACAAGACAAUGGAUGUCCAAAACCAGGAAACUCAGAACAAUUAGCAGAAAAAGAUGCCAAGAGGGCUUCAUUGCUAUUCAAGUCUAUGUCACAAUUCAAUGAUCUUGAUUUUUUCUUGAAUCCCCAGAAACGUAACACUGGAGAAAAUGCUGGCCCUGCAGCUCUGUCAUUCAACCCAAAUGUUACAUUACCCAAUGUUUCAUCUGUUCAUUCAGUUGAAGCACGUGCAUCUGCUGAUGUACAGUUGCAGCAGUGGGAUAUCACGGUUUACACCAUAAAAUUGACAGAUGAUAUCGUAGCUCUGAUUGAUAAUUUUGAAAAGAGCUUUCUAGCUAUCUUGCAGAAUGAGACAGAGCUAAUCACAUUUUUACCCGCAGAUAACUUUGAAUUACUUAGCCUUCCAAAGCACAAAUUAAUGGAAUGUAUUAAGAAAAAAAUGGCUCGAAGAACUAUUUCUCACAAAGAUGAAGACAUUAUGGCAUUUGUUACAUUGUGUGCAAUUAAGCAAAUGGCUUGGUAUAUGUGUUUCUAUGGCAUCCAAGCAACUCACUUAUAUGUAGACAAGCUAUGGCGAAGCCUUGGCUGCAUGAAGUCAAGAUUAAGUUUCCUCCAUUCCUUGAUUGAGGAUGCAUGUGGCAAGGUUGGCAAGGAAAUAACCAGAUCGCAUCCCUCACUCUGUGUUAUACAGGGAAUUUUACAGUCAAACACUGGUCCAAGUAGUUCAAAAGUGUUGAUUUUGACAGAGCAAGUCUUCUGGUGGUCCUUGAAGAGUUUGUUGAUGUCAAUGGGUUUAACAUGGAAUGAAUUAUCAAGUGUCUGCACAAGUGCAAAUCCAUCAGAUGCCGAUAAGAUGGUUUCUCAGCUGAAUUCAGGUUGUUGGUUGGUAUCUCAGGAGCAUGUUUCUUCAUCUUUUCCAUUCAACAAGUUCAACCUUAUUGUGGAAUAUGGAGGCUUGUGUGGCUCAUCUAGGGUAUCUUCUUUUUCCCCCAAGUCAGUUGGUUUGACUCAUCUUCACUUUUUGAAGAUUGAACUGGAUGGCUCUAGUGCUUCCAAAGCACUCUGUGAAGGUGUCGAUAUGCCUCAGGCUACAAAGAAGUUGAUGGAAGGAGAGUUUGAUUCAAUCUUGGCUCUAGAUGAUAAUUUGAAUUAUGAGAGGUUGGAGGACCUCCUGAACUUUAUUCCAAUUGAAGACAAGUAUAAUAAGAGAUCUGUCGAAAGUGUGGAUAAAGUAGAAGUUCAAUGUAGGCCUCUGCCAGUUGCAGUGGAACCCAAACUAACUCAGCAGAGAAUGGUUGACAUAGUAAUUGUUGUGAACACGCAAAAUUUUGAUAAGGAAAUGAUUGUAUCCAGAAGAAGUACAUAUCAAAAAAUUCUUGCAAAGGAGAAAGAAGGAGCUCAAGUAGUGGAAAGGGAUUCAAAUCUGCCUGUGGAUGUCAUAAUUAGUUCUGCAAUUUGCCUAGUAUGGUAUGACUGCAGAAACAUUGGACAAAAAGCUGCCACUUUAGAUGAAGCAACUUCAUGCUUACCAUCGUGCAUUGAGUAUAUUGCAACUAAUCUUUUGACCUUGCUGAGUUUUACUUUCAGUGGCUGUUUCCUGGUCUUUGAGGGAGAAAUUGGCUUCCUUUCUACUGUAAUGGAAUCCUCAGCUGGACUCUAUGCAGCAGCAGCAAGCUUGGGAAUUGAUUUCCAGCUUUUUUGUUCUUAUUCAUACGAGUUAACUGAUGAAAUUAUAAUAAACUGCAUUGACUAUGCUGCUAAGAAGACCAGGGGCCUAUAUCCAAAGAUGCCUGAUUCAGAAACUCUGGCGGAGUCAUUCCUUACAAAAUUUCCUUCAAUUAAUCCUUUGACAGCUCAUGCUAUACUCUCUUCAGGAGGAAUGCUCAUUGAGUUCCUUGAGUGGUCACAUGAACGCAGGAUCUAUGCAGUCCAAAACUAUUGUGUACCUGAUGAGAGUGUUUUUCUUUUCAGUGUUUUGUGCAAGUAUGGUGAGCGGGAGGAUUCAAAAUCUGUAAUGACAGAUUGCUCUUCUGUAUCUUCUGGUCCUGACUCUGACAAGUGUCAUCAUAUUGUUGGUUCUAAAGGAAAACAAAGACAAAGCAUAACUAGCCCUCAUAAAAUCAGCAUAAGAAUGGACGAGUUUAUGCAUUUUGAGCCUUUGAAUCAAUGCACAGAUGACUUCCUGAAUCCUUCUGGACUGUCAAAGCCACAUGAUUCGUGGAUUUCCAAAGGUUCUGAGAUGUUCCAGGAUUACAAAAAGCACCGUUCAUCAUUGAAAGCUAUAUUUGAUCAAAAACAAGAAUUUGAUUUUCCCACACUGUUGAGCUCUCAAAUUCCUAAGCAAUAUGAUUCUCACAUCUCUGAAGGUCCUAAGAUGUUAAAUGAAGCAAAAAAGCCCAAACUCAGUAUACCCUUAAAAGAUAAUAUGUGGGAUUACAAUCAGGGAGAAAAUAUGGCCAUGCUGAACACUUUGGACUGGCAAAACAUCAAUAACUUUGAGAACCAGCACAAAGACCUUGUGUGUGAAGUUAUUGACCUCACUGACAGUCCAAUGUCAGGUGAGGGUUUCUCUUCCUUUGGUAACUCUACUCUUCCUUUCUCUUUGGUGCCAGAGAUUGAAAAAGAUUCUAUAAGAAAGUCUAAAAUUGCCAGAAGAUUGUCAUGUGGUAAAGGCAGUGACACUGUUUUCCCAUAUGUUUCUGAGAUCAACACUGGUCCAGAUAUAUUGAGUUUUGUAAAAUAUCCUAGACAAAGUUUCCAAGGAACUAAUGAUAAUCCAGAUACAUGUUAUAAGGAUAAGUUGCCUGCCAGCGACCAAGAAAACCUCAUAUGGGAUGUUUUAGCUCAGGGAUCUGCAGCUUGCAAAGGCUCGCUACUAAAAAAUUAUGUCUCAAAUCACAGAGCAACACCACUCUCAAAGGCCAUUCUUUCAGCCCAUCCACAAUCAGGUUCACCUUGGACGAUAGAAUUUCUUAACAGAAUCAAGGAGAAGAGCAGAUUACAUAAGCAGAAUCCUCCUGAUGCAUCUGCUUCACCCUUUGAGAUAUCCGGAAAUAUAGCAAAAGUUCCUAAGAGAAGAAGUCCGUCAAUUCUUGAAUUUUUCAAAUACCAAGGAGGUAGCACUCCUAGGAAAUUACUAGAACAAAGGAGGAAGAAAAGAUGUCCGCAAUCAUCCAUCCUAUCUAAGAAUGAAAAGACUUCAUCCUACCAUAUGCAAACAUGCACACCCAUGGAUAAGAGAGCAAGGCAGACUCUAUCUUUUGCAAUGAAUGACAGUGGAAGUCAAACUAAGCUGGUUUGGAGUGACGGAAGUGCUCAUGGUUUGAGCAAAAAGCUUCGCAAUCAAUAAUUGGGAUGGAAACAAGAGGGGUGCAAUGUGUAUGGGUGUAGAACCAUUUGUGGAAUUAGUAGGUUGUUUCUUGAAUAUAGUGCUCAGCAGCGGUCUCUUUUUCUAGUCAGAAAUAGCAAUACAAAGA